UCCACUCGCUCCGCGUCUCCCACACAGUCCGGUCCAGUCCGGCCGCAUCCACGGCCGCGCCGCGUCACCGCUCCUUCCCCGUCCCCGUACCACCACGGCACCACCGCAUCUGGCCUGGCCGCCUCCCACAUUCCCUCUUCUUUACUCGAGGUGGCAAGCGAGGCGCCUCGCUUUCCGCUUUCCGCCCCAUCGCUGCCGCUCCCGCCGCCGCCAUCCGAUCCCCCCCGAUCCGGCAUUGCGCGAUGGCGCUGCUGAUGCGGCCGCGCUGCUUCUGCUACUCCGUCCUGCUGCCGCCGCUGCUGGUGCUUGCGACUCUUGCGGCUGCGUCGGGCGCCGCCGCGGACGCCGGCGGCAGGGAAGUGGAGCGGACCUACAUCGUGCGGGUGGACGCGGACGCGAAGCCGUCGGUGUACCCGACCCACGCGCACUGGUACGAGGCGGCGGUGCUGGCGGCGGCCGGGGACGAUGCGGGGGGCUGGCCGGAGGGGGGCCCGCUGAUCCACACCUACUCGGCCGCCUUCCACGGCUUCUCCGCGCGGAUGUCCCCCGCGGCCGCCGCCGCGCUGGCCUCCGCCCCGGGGGUGGCGGCCGUGGUGCCCGAGCGCGUGCGGCGCCUCGCCACCACGCGCUCCCCGAGGUUCCUCGGCCUGCUCUCCUCCCCGCCCUCCGCGCUGCUGGCGGACUCCGACUUCGGGGCCGACCUCGUCAUCGCCAUCGUCGACACCGGCAUCUCCCCCGCGCACCGCAGCUUCCACGACCGCGGGCUCGGCCCUGUUCCGGCCCGGUGGCGCGGGGUGUGCGCGUCGGGUCCCGGGUUCCCGCCGACCUCCUGCAACCGCAAGCUCGUCGGCGCGCGGUUCUUCUCAAAGGGGUACGAGGCCACCUCGGGGCGUAUGAACGAGACCGCCGAGGUCAGGUCACCGCUCGACACCGACGGCCACGGGACGCACACCGCGUCCAUCGCCGCGGGGAGGUACGUGUUCCCGGCGUCCACGCUCGGGUACGCGCGCGGGGUGGCGGCUGGGAUGGCGCCCAAGGCGCGCCUGGCCGCGUACAAGGUGUGCUGGGUCGGCGGGUGCUUCGACUCCGACAUCCUCGCGGCCUUCGACGCGGCUGUUGCAGACGGCGUCGAUGUGGUCUCGCUCAGCGUCGGCGGCGUGGUCGUGCCGUACUACCUCGACGCCAUUGCCAUUGGGGCGUUCGGCGCGACCGAGGCGGGGAUCGUCGUGUCGGCUUCGGCCGGCAACGGCGGUCCCGGCGGGCUCACCGUGACCAAUGUGGCGCCCUGGAUGGCCACCGUCGGGGCCGGGUCCAUGGACCGCGCGUUCCCGGCCAACGUGCGGCUCGGCGACGGCCAGGUGCUCGACGGCGUGAGCGUGUACGGGGGCCCCGCGCUCGAGACAGGCAAUAUGUACGAGCUGGUGUACGCGGGGGCCAGCGGCGGCGGCGGCGCGUCCUCGUCCGCGGCCGACGGCUACUCGGCGUCGAUGUGCCUGGACGGGUCGCUGAACCCGGCCGCGGUGCGCGGCAAGAUCGUGGUGUGCGACCGCGGCGUGAACUCGCGCGCCGCCAAGGGCGACGUGGUCCGCCGCGCGGGCGCCAUCGGGAUGGUGCUGGCCAACGGGGCGUUCGACGGCGAGGGCCUCGUCGCCGACUGCCACGUCCUGCCGGCGACCGCCGUCGGCGCUGCCGCGGGCGAGAAGCUCCGCAAGUACAUCGCGUCGUCCACGAAGCAGAGGCCAGCCACGGGCACCAUCGUGUUCGAAGGCACCCACCUCGGCGUGCACCCGGCGCCGGUGGUGGCCGCGUUCUCGGCGCGCGGCCCGAACCCGCAGUCCCCGGAGAUUCUCAAGCCGGACCUGAUAGCCCCCGGCCUCAACAUCCUGGCCGCGUGGCCCAGCGGCGUGGGCCCGGCCGGCAUUCCCUCGGACACCCGGCGCACCGAGUUCAACAUCCUCUCGGGCACCUCCAUGGCCUGCCCGCACGUGUCCGGCCUCGCCGCGCUGCUCAAGGCCGCGCAUCCGACCUGGAGCCCGGCGGCUAUCAAGUCGGCGCUGAUGACCACGGCCUACGUGAGGGACAACCGCAACGGGACGAUGGUGGACGAGUCGACGGGCGCGGUGGCCGGCGCGUUCGACUUCGGCGCCGGGCACGUGGACCCGAUGCGCGCCAUGGACCCGGGGCUCGUCUACGACAUCGCCCCGCGGGACUACAUCAGCUUCCUGUGCAACCUCAACUACACGGAGCAGAACAUCCGCGCCAUCACGCGGCGCCAGGCGGACUGCCGCGGCGCGCGGCGCGCCGGGCACGCGGGGAACCUCAAUUACCCGUCCCUCUCCGCCACGUUCGCCGCCGCCGGCGCCGGGACGGCGGCGGCGACGAUGAGGACCCACUUCAUCCGGACGGCGACCAACGUCGGCGGCGGGCGGGCGGUGUACCGCGCGUCGGUGAGCGCCCCCGAGGGGUGCAACGUGACGGUGCAGCCCCGGCAGCUGGCGUUCCGGCGCGACGGGCAGCGGCUGAGCUUCACGGUGCGGGUGGAGGCCGCGGUGGCGCCCGGGGAGAGGAUGGAGCCCGGGAGCUCGGAGGUGCGGAGCGGCGCGCUGACGUGGAGCGACGGCAGGCACGUCGUCCGCAGCCCGAUCGUGGUGACGGUGCAGGCGCCGUUGCAGUGAGAGGCCGUGGCCGUGGACCUUGCGUCCGUGUCCGUAAGGUAUUAGUGCUGUUUGAUUUAAGGUUGGUAUUAGCUGUAGUAUACGCCAUGGAAGAGCUGUAUAAUUAGUAGUAUUAGCUACGUAAGCUAUACGGGAAGACUGGAACUCUGGCUCGGAGUUCUCUACUUCUCUGGCCUCCUCCCUUUCUGAUCCUCGUGCUUUCAUUUCCCACCCUUUUCUGAAGCAUGGCAGUGUGCGGUUUUUGCAGCGGUUCAACGGGGUUAUGGGAGGGUGUUUCUCAAGCA